UCCUUCUAGGGAAGGGCUGGGGAGGAGGGGGUGGUGACACGGUGGAGACACCGGGUAGGCCAGGGGGCCUGCCCUUGGGACAGGUCAAGACCCAUGGAGCCCCCCGGGAGGAGCAGCAGGUCCACAGCGUCUCAUACUCUACACCAGUAUUGCUGUCCUACUCAGGUCCUUGACUCCAUGAAGCUUACCCCCUCAGGCAGGCUGGCAGAGAGCAGUGUGGAGGGUGAUGCCCCAGGCAGUGACCUGAGCACAGCGGUUGAUAGUCCUGGGAGCCAACCCCCCUACCGGCUGAGCCAGCUGCCCCCCUCCAGCAGCCACAUGGGGGGCCCCCCUGCUGGAGUGGGCCUUCCCUGGGCUCAACGGGCACGCCUCCAGCCAGCCAGUGUCGCCCUGAGGAAGCAGGAGGAGGAGGAGAUAAAGCGCUCCAAGGCCCUAUCGGACAGCUAUGAACUCUCCACAGACCUGCAGGACAAGAAGGUGGAAAUGCUGGAGAGGAAGUAUGGGGGCUCCUUCCUGAGCCGCAGAGCUGCCAGGACCAUCCAGACAGCCUUCCGCCAGUACCGCAUGAACAAGAACUUUGAGCGGCUACGCAGCUCAGCCUCAGAGAGCCGCAUGUCCCGCCGCAUCAUCCUUUCCAACAUGCGGAUGCAGUUCUCCUUUGAGGAGUAUGAGAAGGCACAGAACCCCGCGUACUUCGAGGGCAAGCCUGCCUCGCUGGACGAGGGUGCCAUGGCUGGUGCCCGGAGCCACCGGCUUGAACGGGGGCUCCCAUAUGGGGGCUCCUGUGGUGGGGGCAUCGAUGGUGGUGGAAGCUCCGUCACCACAUCUGGAGAGUUUUCUAAUGACAUCACAGAACUAGAGGACUCCUUCUCCAAACAGGUAAAGUCUCUGGCUGAAUCCAUCGACGAAGCCCUGAACUGCCACCCGUCAGGGCCCAUGUCUGAGGAGCCAGGUUCAGCCCAGCUGGAGAAGCGGGAGUCAAAGGAACAGCAAGAGGACAGCUCGGCCACAUCCUUCAGUGACCUUCCCCUCUACCUGGAUGACACAGUUCCCCAACAAUCCCCUGAGCGACUGCCCAGCACAGAACCCCCACCCCAGGGCCGGCCCGAGUUCUGGGCGCCAGCCCCUCUCCCGCCAGUUCCUCCACCAGUGCCAUCAGGAACCCGGGAAGACGGUAGCCGUGAGGAAGGCACUCGCAGGGGUCCCGGGUGCUUGGAGUGCCGGGAUUUCCGGCUGCGGGCCGCCCACCUUCCCCUGCUUACCAUUGAGCCUCCUAGUGACAGCUCCGUGGACCUGAGUGACCGCUCAGAUCGCGGCUCUGUCCACCGCCAGCUGGUGUAUGAGGCUGAUGGCUGCAGCCCCCAUGGGACCCUGAAGCACAAGGGGCCACCAGGCAGGGCCCCGAUCCCACACCGCCACUACCCAGCCCCUGAGGGCCCAGCCCCAGCCCCACCAGGGCCCCUGCCACCAGCCCCCAACAGUGGCACUGGGCCCAGUGGUGUGGCUGGGGGUCGGAGGUUGGGGAAGUGCGAGGCAGCAGGCGAGAACUCUGAUGGUGGAGAUAAUGAGAGCCUCGAGAGCUCCAGCAAUUCCAAUGAGACCAUCAACUGCAGCUCCGGCUCCUCUUCUCGGGACAGUCUAAGGGAGCCUCCGGCCACCGGCCUGUGCAAGCAGACUUACCAGCGGGAGACAAGGCACAGCUGGGACUCGCCAGCUUUCAACAAUGAUGUGGUCCAGAGGCGGCACUACCGAAUCGGCCUCAACCUUUUCAACAAGAAGCCAGAGAAGGGUAUCCAGUAUCUGAUCGAGCGGGGCUUCCUGUCAGACACACCGGUGGGAGUGGCUCACUUCAUCCUGGAGCGGAAAGGCCUCAGCCGGCAGAUGAUAGGGGAAUUCCUAGGGAACCGGCAGAAGCAGUUCAACAGAGACGUGUUGGACUGUGUGGUGGAUGAGAUGGACUUCUCCUCAAUGGAUCUGGAUGAUGCACUCCGGAAGUUCCAGUCCCAUAUCCGGGUUCAGGGUGAGGCCCAGAAAGUGGAGCGACUCAUCGAAGCCUUCAGCCAGCGGUACUGUGUCUGUAACCCAGCCCUUGUGCGCCAGUUCCGGAACCCAGACACCAUCUUCAUCCUUGCUUUUGCCAUCAUCCUCCUCAAUACCGACAUGUACAGUCCCAGCGUCAAGGCUGAACGAAAGAUGAAACUAGAUGACUUCAUCAAGAACCUGAGAGGGGUUGACAAUGGUGAAGACAUCCCCCGAGACCUCCUGGUGGGCAUCUACCAGCGCAUCCAGGGGCGUGAACUGCGGACCAACGAUGACCAUGUGUCCCAGGUGCAGGCUGUGGAGCGCAUGAUUGUUGGAAAGAAACCAGUCCUGUCUCUCCCUCACCGUCGACUGGUUUGCUGCUGCCAGCUCUAUGAGGUGCCAGAUCCAAACCGCCCCCAGAGGCUAGGGUUGCAUCAGCGAGAGGUCUUCCUCUUCAAUGAUCUCCUUGUGGUCACCAAAAUUUUCCAGAAGAAGAAGAUCUUGGUGACGUACAGUUUCCGUCAGUCUUUCCCCCUCGUGGAAAUGCACAUGCAGCUCUUCCAGAAUUCAUAUUACCAGUUUGGGAUCAAGUUGCUGUCUGCAGUACCUGGUGGGGAGCGAAAAGUCCUCAUCAUCUUCAAUGCCCCCAGCCUCCAGGACCGGCUGCGCUUUACAUCCGACCUGCGCGAAUCCAUUGCGGAGGUGCAGGAGAUGGAGAAAUACCGUGUGGAGUCGGAGCUGGAGAAGCAGAAAGGUAUGAUGCGGCCUAACGCCUCACAGCCUGGAGGGGCCAAGGACUCAGUGAAUGGGACGAUGGCCCGCAGUAGCCUGGAGGACACUUACGGGGCAGGCGAUGGGCUCAAACGGGGCGCACUCAGCAGUUCCCUGCGAGACCUCUCUGAUGCAGGGGUCUGUUAUUAGCAGUCCACGCCCUCACCAGAGGAUGCCACCUCCGCCCCCACCCCCGCCGCCAGAGGAGUACAAGAGCCAGAGGCCCGUCUCCAACUCCUCAUCCUUCCUGGGCUCCCUAUUUGGAAGCAAACGGGGCAAGGGGCCCUUCCAGAUGCCACCACCGCCAACAGGCCAGGCCUCUGCCUCCUCUUCAUCUGCUUCUUCCACGCACCACCACCACCACCACCAUCACCACGGCCAUAGCCACGGUGGCCUGGGGGUGCUGCCUGAUGGGCAGUCCAAGCUCCAGGCCCUGCAUGCCCAGUAUUGCCAAGGACCAGGCCCUGCCCCGCCACCCUACCUCCCACCCCAGCAGCCCUCUCUUCCCCCACCUCCCCAGCAGCCCCCACCCUUGCCCCAGCUAGGCUCCAUUCCACCGCCUCCCGCCUCAGCCCCACCUGUGGGGCCACAUCGCCACUUCCAUGCCCAUGGCCCAGUCCCAGGGCCCCAACACUAUACCUUGGGCCGGCCAGGCAGGGCACCCAGACGGGGAGCUGGAGGACACCCUCAGUUUGCUCCACAUGGCCGCCACCCCCUGCACCAGCCCACAUCCCCACUGCCCCUGUACAGUCCUGCUCCCCAGCACCCUCCAGCCCACAAACAGGGCCCUAAGCACUUCAUCUUCAGCCACCACCCAC